AUGUCUAUCUGGUUCGGCCUUCUUAUAGUCUUACUUUAUACAGGCAAUAUUUCAUGUGACGAUGGUGUUUUGGACAUAGAUUAUCCCAGUCUCUCUAUUCACGCACCUGACGAUGGAGACAUCAUCUUACAGGCUGGUAACGGUCUUAAGGAUGUGUACCUUAAUCCAGGACCGGGAGGUUCAGUUUUCUUUGAAAAUGACGACAUUUUGAGAGUCAUAGAGGUAGUAAAAAGCUUACCUCCUGUUUGGACAAAGCAUGCACACAUGAGUUUCUUUGGAACAUUUACCGGUGAGCAAAGAAUAAACAUCAAACUAGAUGUUACGGAUCCCGAAGGAACAUAUCUCCAUUUUAUGAUCAUUUCUGGUGAUCUGCCGAAUGGCAUAACCCUAAACAACGUCACAGGACACAUAACAGGUGUUGUACCGGAUGUAGAGGAGAUAUUCAAAUUUACAGUUCGUGCUAUUGAUGAACAUGGAAAAUAUGCUGAUGCGACUUUUAAAAUGGAAUCUAUUGUAAAAGACCAUUGUCAAACAAAUCCUUGCAUAAAUGAUGGGACAUGCAUCGAUACAAAAGGUUGGUUCAAUUGUUCGUGCAAACCUGGAUAUGGAGGUCCUAGAUGCGAAUUAUCCUGUGCCUCUCAAGCCUUAGGAGUCAGUGACAAAAACAAGAUUCCAGAUGCCCAGAUGUCUGGUUACCUAACGUACAGCUCAUACUUGGAAUCUGACGGACGAUAUGGCGCUUCUGGGUAUGGAUGGGUGGGAUCCAAUAGCAACUCAUGGCUACAAGUGGAUCUAGGUAAUGUAUCCGCAGUGUAUGCUGUUAGGAACCGGGGUUAUCGACAAAAUUUAGGAUGGAAUCAGGGGUACAGGAGUUCGUUCUACACUACUGCGUACACCCUUUCUGUCAGCAUAGACGGCGUUUUAUUUCUUCCUGUAAAUGACACAAACGGAGGGAUACAUACCUUUUCUUCUUCUUGGAGUGAUAACUUUUACUCGCUUCCGGCUCCAGUCGAUGCACGAUUUGUACGAUUUCAUCCGAAAUCCUACUACAGCAAACCGCAGUUUAAAGUAGAACUCUAUGGAUGUCAUUACCAGUGA